AUGACUACAGCAACUGCUGCUCCAAAAUUACUGUUUCUGCAAGGCUUCUUACAAAAUGGUAAAGUCUUCAGUGAGAAGUCUUCUGGUAUUAGAAAGCUACUGAAGAAAUCUAAUGUUCAAUGUGAUUACAUGGAUGCGCCAGUGAUCCUUGAAAAGAAAGACUUGCCUUUCGAAAUGGACGAUGCAAAGUGGCAAGAAACCCUUAAUGCAGGUGUUAACAGAGCAUGGUUCUAUCAUAGCGACAUCUCAUCUGAAUUGGAUUUAAGCCCAGCUAUUGAAGCUGUCACUAAAUAUAUCAAGGAUAAUGGUCCAUACGACGGUAUUGUUGGGUUUAGUCAAGGUGCUGCAUUGGCUUCUAUCAUCACUAACAAAAUCACCGAAUUGGUCCCAUCUCAUCCUCAGUUCAAGGUGUCCUUGUUGAUCGCUGCUUACUCUUUCACUGAACCAGAUCCAGAAAAUGAGGGACAAUUAAGAAUCUCUCAAAAAUUCCAAGAUUCUUUCAAACCUAUGGAUGACCGUACUACCAAGAUGCUGUUUGUUUAUGGUACCGCAGAUAUGGCUGUUCCAUGUGAAAGAGCGAAGUAUUUAUACAACAUUUACACUAAAGGUCAAGAGUUAGAUGACUGUAAGGCUUAUGAGCAUCCAGGUGGUCAUAUGGUUCCAAACAAGAAAGAUAUUAUCAGACCUAUUGUUGAAGAAAUCAACACAUCAUUGGGAGUUAGUGUCUAA